CUGUCAGACUUGGCAACCUUGCAACGACGAGCUCACCGUCGUAGUUCCAGGGCUAGGCUAGCGGUCUGGAUCAUUCGAGAUGUUGGUUGUAUAUGACAAGGGAAUUCGCGUCCAGCUUCCUAAAUCUCAAGCUAAAACUCUCAAUAAUGGGAUGGUUUGCGAGCUGUUCUGCCUGUUUACUUUGUCGUCUGAACCGAGCCUAAAGUUAGCCUGUUAGCCUGCGCGCGAGCCAUCAGCAGCUGUACAAAUACUGACCCCCAAAAUGGUGUUCUUGUUAAACCCUCUGGAGAAUCUGAAGACCUACAUAAGCAACCGUCCACCACUGGUCAUAUUUAUGGUCAGUGUAAGUGCCGUGGCUAUUACCUUUCUCACGGUCGGAUAUUUCUUCAAGAUCAAGGAAAUUAAAUCGCCUGAAAUGACAGAGGACUGGAACACCUUUCUACUACGUUUCAACGAGCUGGACUUGUGCAUCUCAGAGAACGAGACACUCAAGCAUGGCCUGAACGAGUCGACGACACCAGAGAGCACCGUGACAAGCAGCCAGUCACGCACCAGCACUCAAGCGCCGUUACCGCUGGAGGAUCCCGGUCCUGUUAACAUCUCUGUCACCGUUACACUCACCCUGGAUCCUCUGAAGCCAUUCGGUGGUUAUUCGCGGAACAUCACCCACCUUUACUCCACCGUGAUGGGCCAACAGGUUGGUCUGGCUGGCAGGGAAGCUCACGAAGAGAUGAACAUCACUUUCACACUGCCUGCGUCCUGGAACUCGGACGACUGCAUUCUGCACGGACGUUGUGAGCAGGUGGUCUUCAGCACCUGCAUGACCAUCAGUGCAGCCAGUAACGUCUUCCCUGUUACAGUGCAGCCACCGCACUGUGUUCCAGAGACGUACAGCAACGCAACGUCCUGGUACAAGAUCUUCACGACGGCGCGGGACUCGGACACCAAAUACACACAGGACUACAACCCUUUUUGGUGUUACAAAGGUGCCGUUGGGAAGGUGUACCACACUCUGAACCCUAAACUUACAGUCAUUGUACCAGAAGAUGACCGCUCUCUCAUCAACCUGCACCUAAUGCACACCAGUUACUUUCUGUUUGUGAUGGUGAUUACAAUGUUCUGCUAUGCAGUCAUUAAGGGUAGACCUGGCAAAGUAAGACAGAACAACCCGGACUUCUGUCCAGAAAAGGUCGCCUUGUCGGAGGGAUAAAACUCAUCACAGGCAAAAAUAUGGACUGAACUCGUUCAGCAUCGGACCGGAGUAUCUGGAACGAACCAUAUCGGAAGUGAAGGAAAAAAAAAUAUAUAGUCGCCAGUUAAAUCCAGGAGGAAGGUGACAAAAAACUGUGAUGCAAAUCUCUGCAAUGUUGGGUCACUCCAACCAAAGACUUUCAAGUGCCUGUAUCUACUGUGUAAAUGCUUGUAGGACCCUUAUAUUAAGUACGGAAGCACUUUGCUUAAACCCACCCCCCCUUCUCUGUGUGCCACAAAAUAUGUGAAGAUAAGAGACUGAACAAGCGACAGCACUUACCCGUCUUAUCAUUCAAACAUUGACAACCCCCCCCCCCCCCCCCGUUGGUUCCCCCCCGUUCUGUCAGUCACACACAGCAUCUCAUUAUCAUCUGUGAUAAUUGUCCUGUGGCGUUCCUGAACGGAGUUUAUUUUUUUUGACUUGUGGCACUGUUUAAUUUCAGAUGGACUGGCUAGAGAAUGACCUGGAAAGCCAGCAGACAUCUAGGCAAUGAUUUAUAAUCUAGAUGAUUAUUAAUUUGUUUUGUGUAGAUGCCAGUAGAUAUAAGGGUCAUUUAAUAAAGGGAAAAAAGACUCCCAAGACCUGAAGGACUUAAAGGUUCAUCUUCUUGUAAAUUUUCUGGACGAUGCCCCAGACAUCACUGAAACAGAAAGAGUCGUCAUUGAUGGCUCAUCUCAUCGGGACUGAUUCAUCACCUCACAUCUCAGAUUUUGACAUGGGUUUAUGUCUAGGUAGACUGAAUGACCGAAUAUACAGCAUUCAUGGAAAUCUCACAUACACAAUUACAAUCUUAUUUAAAAUGUGAUGUAACGACUUAGUUUUAUCAUUUGUAAAGUAUUACCUCCGAAGUUACCGCUUUAUUAUAUUUUUGACAUGAAACGAUUUAGUGGCUACAUUUUUCAUUUCAAGAUUCAUUCCUGAAGUCUGUUUUGCAUAUCAUAUCAUAUUCGUCUGUAAUCGGUCGACCUCGUUGCCUAAUUCCACAUAUGAAACGUGAUAUCCUAUAACACAGCGUCCAUGUUUUUGUGCUCGCAUUUGACAGUGCAGUUAUUUAGAUAAUUAGUAUUAGAGAAAGAAGGAGGAUUCUGAGGAUUUUGAUUUCGGAUUUUGUCUUAAAGCCCAAAAACCGCAGCAGCAACAGCAGAAACUGUGACGACAAAUGCGACAACAAAUCAGAGUCGACAUUUUCAAAAGCGUUAAAAAAGUUAGAGGAAAAUAUGAGCUUUAAAUGAAUCUACUGAUGCUGUUAUUCAGGUUUAUUUAUAUCAAGGGCAUUUCUAAGUGUUUUUGUUUUUGUUUUUUUAUCAACUUUGCACGGCAUUAAUAUGUGUAGGCUGAAAACUCGCCCAAAAGAAGUCACAUUUAGCACAAUAAAGUUAGUAACUGGAUAGCAGUCUGAAGUUUUUUUUCUGAACAGUAAUGGGCAUACGCCUUGUCCAAUCAGAGACAAGCAUGUGAGGAACGAGGAUGGCGUGUUUCUGAUGUUGCUGUUGCCUCCGAACACCCCCCCCCCAUUGUGCAUUGGCAUCAUAAUAUAUUCCCACAUUCACAAAAAACGCACCCUUUUGUGUCUCGUCUCUUUCACACCCGCACGUGCUUUCAAACCACUAUUGUGCCUUUGCACUAAUCAACCGUGUGAAUAACUUGCCCUCUUGAAUAGCAACACCGAACACCAGAACUGAACUUAGCAACAUGUCGAUUAAUUGUCUCUCAUUAAUAAAUAGCAGGUCAUAUAAACUUUGUGUGGCAACCAAGGAAACCAAACCCCAGUUCACCAAUUUAGUUAGGAUUCAUAUCUGGAUGUUUCAGAAAAGCAAUACUUUAUACUUAAGGUGUUUCUUUUUUUUUUUUUUUUAAUGUUUUGCUUAUAUAAUACAUAAAUACACUUUGGGUUUUAUGGUGAGUUUUUAAUUCGAAUCACUUUUAAACAAAAAUUUUGGAGAUGUGUUGUGGGAUUUCUGGAUGCUGCCUUGUUUUUUUUUGUUUUUGUUUUUUUUGGAUCAUAUUGAUCUGUCCCCUCAUGUUGCUUUCCUCAUUUGAAAUAUAUUGCAGUUUUCUAGUUUUAAUUCCAUCCUUAUACCCUUAACCUGAGUUGCUAUUCACAAGAGUGUGAUGCCAUUGCAACCUCCUUUCACGUGUCUUAAUGCAUGAUUGUAAAUGUCCUACCUGCUGAUCAGUCCCUUAGAAAACAAUCCCAUUGUUUCUGUGCUGUUUGUAAAUGACUGUAGACACAUGCUUCGCUGAAUAAAAAUCAACCAUGAAUAAUGAA